CCGAUCCUAAGUUCCAGUCUCCAAAGAAAACAAAACCAAACCUUGCUUUGAUUACCACUCUAUUCACCAGAAAAUCUCAGAUCUACACGUUUAUCUCAUAAUAGACCUACUCUUUUACUAGUAAAUUUUUUUUGAGUCGUUGUAAUCAUGAGUCAGCAACAACCAAGGAGGGCUCAAGGUAAUGAGCAGCAACAAGAACCCGUCAAGUAUGGAGAUGUAUUUCCAGUAUCAGGUGAGUUGGCAUCAAAACCUAUAGCUCCACGAGAUGCAGCAAUGAUGCAGAGUGCAGAGAGUUCGAUACUAGGUCAAACGCAAAAAGGUGGUCCAGCUUCUGUUAUGCAAUCUGCCGCUACCCAAAAUGUAAGAGCUGGUGUUGUUGAUCGUAGUCAAGUUACUGCGGCAGCUGCUGAUCAAGGCGUGACUGUCUCUGAAACUGAUCUUCCAGGUGGUCGUGUUGUAUCUGAAGCAGUUGGAGGACAGGUUGUUGGAAGCUUUGUUCAACCCGGGUUAGCUCAAGGGACGACAGGUAAGGUAGCAUAUGGAGGUAAAGACAUUGACAUUGGAGGAGGAGGAAAGAUUACAAUUGGGGAAGCAUUGGAAGCGACUGCACUAACGGCAGGAGAUAAGCCGGUGGAUCAGAGUGAUGCUGCUGCGAUACAAGCAGCAGAAGUUAGGGCAACCGGACGGAACGUAAUAACUCCAGGUGGUGUUGCUGCAGCUGCUCAAGCAGCUGCUACUUAUAACACUCGUGUUGCGAGAGAUGAAGACAAGACUACACUUGGAGAUGUUCUAACUGAUGCGGCUUUGAAGUUGCCAGCAGAUAAGGAGGCUACGCCUAGAGAUGCAGAAGGGGUGGUGGGUGCAGAAAUGAGAAACGACCCUAAUCUUGCAACACAUCCUGGUGGUGUGGCUGCCUCUGUUGUUGCUGCUGCUAGGCUCAACCAGAACAAUGACUAGGUUGAUGAAAAUACCCAGAAAUCAGUUUCUAGUGAGAAGGGGGAAAAAAAAGAGGAAUGCCAGACUAGCUUUAUAAUGAUGGUGUAGCUAGCAGUCUUGGGGAAGUCUCUCCGUUUCAGUUGUUUACUGUGUAUGUGAAGUUGUAAACCUUUG